AUGGUGAAAACUGUAGAUCCGAAGCCAGCGCCUGGUUCACAUGAUUCACUCGCGGCACAAUAUGCGAGGGCAAAGGCGCGCAAAGAAGCUCAGGAGCAGGCUAUCAAAGAAGGGAAGAAGCUGGAUAAGGAUGGGAAUAUAAUUCAACCUAAAGUACCUAGAAAGAAGGAUAAAAAGGAUGAGCUAAAUGAGGCAAAAAGAGCUAAAUGGAGAAGGGAGUGGUGGGCGGUUGGAGGUUGGUGGGCUUGGUUGGCGGUUAUGCACGCCGUGGGGAUAUAUUACUUUACAAAGGGAUUCCUACUCACGCGGUUGGUGUUGGAAGAAUCGUCGACUUGUGCUGAACCACCGAUUGCAAGAACCGUUGAUUAUAAAGGAGCUGGUACACCGGAGGGAGGAUGUUGGCAUCCAAAGACAUUUGAUAGGGCUGUGGUGGUGAUUGUGGAUGCAUUGCGCUACGAUUUCGCGGUACCAUUCGCCGGUGACGAUUCGCAGGCUUUUCAUAACGCUUUACCAUUCUUAUACGAAACUGCACGCAGAGAACCACAUAAUGCAUUCUUAUUACCUUUCAUCGCGGAUCCCCCUACAACUACAUUGCAAAGAUUGAAGGGUCUGACAACCGGAACACUUCCAACAUUUGUGGAUGCGGGGUCGAACUUUGCAGGUACUGCUAUUGAAGAGGACAAUCUUUUGGGCCAAUUGAAAGAUGCUGGUAAAAAGAUUGUACAUCUUGGUGAUGAUACAUGGACUGCGCUAUUUCCUGGAUACUUUGAACCGAAUAUCAGUCGAGCAUAUGAUUCCCUUAAUGUUUGGGAUUUGCAUACGGUAGAUAAUGGUGUUACUGAACAUAUCAUGCCACUGCUUGAAAAUGAAAAGAAAGCCGACUGGGACGUUAUGUUUGCGCACUAUUUGGGUGUUGACCAUGCGGGACAUAGAUAUGGACCAAAUCAUCCGGCUAUGACGAGCAAGUUACAGCAGAUGGAUAUUAUGAUCAGAGGUCUUGUAGACAAGCUUGAUGAUGAUACCUUGUUGGUUAUCAUGGGUGACCAUGGUAUGGAUGGUAAAGGCGAUCAUGGGGGAGAGAGCGAUGAUGAAGUGGAAGCUGCAUUAUGGAUGUAUUCUAAGAAGGGGAUAUUCGGUCGCACUGACCCAACUUUUGUGACGCCUCCACAAAAUGCAAAAACGCGACCAGUCAAUCAAAUUGACUUGGUCCCAACUCUUGCACUGCUCUUGGGUUGCCAAUUCCUUUCAAUAACCUCGGAAAGUCUAUCGAGGAAGGCUUUCGCAGAGACUUUGCGAAUUUGCCGAGAUCUAUGGGCACGAUUUGAUGUUCCUAGUAUGAUCAUGGGCAUUUGCAUUCUUGCUGCUAGUGUACUAGCUUUGGUCCUCUAUGCCAAUAGCAAUGUUAGUGACGGCAAUGAACCCGAAUCAGCGGAUCUUGAUGAAGCUCAAGCCAAAUUGGAACUUGAAGCUGCUGCAAAAGGAGAGAGGUCUAUUGGAGAUGAGGAAAUCAAUCCAAAUUUGCUGUUUUCGAUUUCUUUGGCCUCAGCCGUUGGUGCAGCUGUAGGACUGUCUCUCUGGACCAUGAAAGCCACUAUCUUGGAAGAUGUAAUCGAAGGGCAAAUUGUGGAAUUGACUGCAAAUGGCGCUGUCGUUGGAGGACUCAUUGGAGCUCUUCUUUCAUUGAUGAAGAUUGGUAAUCCCUUCCCAACUACAUUUUGGGGUUGGCUGGCAGCCAUCUUCACUCUUAGUCAAUCGAUUGGCUUUGCAUCUAAUUCCUAUACUAUCUGGGAAGACUCGAUCUUGUUGUUUUUCAUCACAACUUUUGGAGUAGCUGGUGUUGUUUCUUCGCUUAGACAAUCGGAAAUACGCAGUCGCACCUUGGGAGUAUAUCACUCCAUCGUAUUCAUUGGUCUUGCUUGGGUAGCCUCAUACUCUAAGUUGUGCAGAGAAGAGCAGAUGCCUUACUGCAGAUCGACAUAUUAUGCCUCUGCCACGUCCUCUACUUCCGCCCCUUGGCAAUUACUCAUUCCAUUCUUCUUCGCAUUUGCCUUGCCUGCAUUCAUCAAAUCCUACUACGCAACCAGUCUCUCCUAUGAAGGUUUUGCACCGGCCUGGAUUGGUGGAGCUUUCAGAUUUGGGCUUUUCCUUAUUGCUACAUUUUGGGCAUUAGAUGCCGCCGAUGAUGGAAAUUGGUUCCCUAACUUCAGCGAAGGUAUCUUGAAAGCCAUGCGAGUACCAAUUUCUCAGACAGUUCUUGCCAUGGCUAUCGGUGCUGGAACUAUUGCGUUCAAUUUUGCACCACCGUGCAUUGCUAUUGGCACUGUCUCACUCGGUGAUCUUGCACCCGCUGGAGCCCCCAAACAACAAGGUACACGCGUCAUGAUCCUUGGUUAUGGCAACACUCAUGGUGCUCGAUACUUCCUCCUCAUAACCAACGUACUUUUAGCCGUUCUCAUGGUUCAGAAACCCGUGGGCUUUGGUGCCCUCUCUCUCAUGUCUCUUCAAAUCCUUUCUCUCGUGGAAUUCCUCGAUCUCAACUCCCUGACCAACUCUCCCAUCGGACCUAUCAUGCUCGCCAUCCUCGGAUCCUUCCACUUCUUCAAAACUGGUCAUCAAGCCACUCUUUCCUCUAUUCAAUGGGAAUCCGCUUUCAUCCCUCUUCACACAAUCCACUACCCUUGGUCUCCAAUCCUCGUCGCUCUCAAUUCGUUUGGCCCUCAAAUCCUUGCCGCAACCGCAGUCCCUCUCAUUGUCUUCUGGAAACAGCAACCAAAGAAAAAGGGACUCUUGAAAGCAGUUACCGCAGCUUUGGCAUGGCAUGUUCUCUAUUAUGCAGUCAUGGCAUUAGCAACGACAAUGUGGGCUGGCUGGUUGAGAAGACAUCUUAUGUUGUAUCGCAUUUUUAGUCCGAAGUUCAUGAUGGCGGGUACGGUGUUGGGGGUUGUGGACCUGGUAGGCUUGACGGUUGUACUACUGGGGACUAGAGGGAAUGUUAGUAGUGUGUGGAGUGUGUUUGGUUGGCCUUGA